AUGCCCAAGGUUGAGCUGGACGACCUGGCUCUGCGCCACGGCGUUGCAAAGCGCGGCACCAAGGCUGAGGUGGUGGACCGCCUGCUGGGCGAUCUGCUUGACCAGGCCAGCGCCCUGGGCCCCUCAGCGCCUGGAGUCUUGGAUGCCGCGCCCGCCGCGGACGUCAAGCAGCGCCGCCAGCGCCGCACCUCUCGCAAGGCCACGGCGUCGGCCGACCCGCUGCCUGAGCCAGCCCCAGCCGCAACCACCGCGGCGCCGCCAACGGAGGCGCCCGCGCGCCGCGCGCGCCGUACGUCGCGCCGCGUCUCUGCAGUGGUCGAGGAGUCCGCGCCUGCCGCGCCGGCCACAUCCACGGCGGCGCUGGGCCCAGCCGAGGCCGCGCCGGACGCGCCCGUCACACCUGCCAAGCGCGCCCGCCGCCAGAGCCGCAAGACCGCAGCGAUUGAGCCGGAGCCCGCCGCCGUGGCCGCCGUUGAGGAGGCGGUGGCCCCCAAGCAGCGCGCGCGCCGCAGCAGCCGCAAGAGCGCCGCCAUGGACCCUGCCGACGGCGCGGCCGCGCCCGCGCCCGCACCGGCUCGGCAGCGCAGCCGCGGCCGCAGCCCGACGGUGUCUGCUGCGGACGGCGCUGAUGUGGCGAUGAGUGAGAGCGCCCUGGGCAGGCAGUCCAAGGCGUGGCUGCAGCAGGCGGUGGCCGAGCGCGGCGUCUAUGACCCCGCCCUGCACACCACCAAGGCCGCGCUGGUGGCGGCGCUGCUGGGCGCCUCCACGGCCGCGAGGCCGGAGGUUCCCACGACGCCCCUGGCGAUUGGCGAGGGGCUUGUGCUUGGGGAGGAGGAGGCCAGCGUUAACGAGGAGCCUUACCUGGACGCCACCCCCGCGUUUUGCGCCAGCUAUGAGGAGGUGCUCAGCCAGGUCCGCGGCGGCGCGGGCCUGGAGGACGAGCCCGCAAUCUCGGGCGACGCCUUUGGCCCCGCCGCCGCCGGCGCCAUGGCGUCCGCCGCGGAGCUGCUGCGCGUGGGGGCAGAGGUGGACGACGCGGCCAGCGUCCGCGCCGCCGCCGAGGUCGAGAGGGAGACCCUCAAGGCACUGAGCGCGCGCGUGGCGUCGCGCGACGAGGCGCGGCUCGCGGCGGAGGAGGAGGGGGUGGGCGGCUUUGCCGACGAGGGCGCGGCGGCUGCGCUGUACCGGGCCGCGCCUGAUCUGGAGGACAUUGCGGCGGCCCUGGCCGAGGGCGGCGGCGCCGGCGGCGCGCUGGCGGAGGACGAGGCGGAGGACGCGGCGCUCGGUGUGUUUGACCACCUCGCCUUCCAUUUUGAGGCCGAUGCUGCACCUGUGGCGGCGCCUGACCUGGAGGACAUUGCAGCGGCGCUGGCAGAAGGCGGCGGCGCUGGCGAUGCGUCUGCGGCGGAGGACGAGGCUGAGGACGCGGCGCUCGGCGUGUUUGACCACCUCGCCUUUGAUUUCGAGGCCGACUUGGACGCGGCCGCCGCCGAGGCCGAGGUUGAGGCGGCGCCAGACGCGGGGGAGGCCGCGCUGGCCGCCGCCGCCACCGCGGCGGAGGCGGACGCCGCGCUGCUGCUGCGCUCCACGUCGCCGCUGCUGGUGCAGGACGGCGCCGCCCUGGUCGAUGAGGAGCCCGACGGCGCGCUGCGCGCGUUUGACCACAUCGCCUUUGACUUUGACCUGCAGCGCGCGUCCGCCGCGCAGUUUGCGCGCGCCGCCGAGCCUCCGCUGCUGGCGCCCAGCGCCGCCGCCGCGCUCGCCGAGGCCGCGCCGAUCGUGCUGCAGGACGAGGCUCCGGACGUCGCCCUCGCGUCGUUUGACCACGCCCACUUCACGCCUCCCCGCGCGGCCGCCGAGGCCGAGGCGCCCGCGGCGGUUGCCGCGCCGCGGUCUGCGGACCUGGGCGCUCCGGUCGGCGGCGCCCAGCGGCAGCAGCAGCAGGCGGACGUCCUGGUGCAGUUUGGCGAGUGGCUGAAGGAGGUGGUGGCCGCUUUUGAGGAGUGGCAGCGCAGCCUCGGCAAGUGA